GGAAGAAGAACUAAAAACGAUCCAUGCAUUUUCUCAGAAGACAUUAACACCGGAACAGUGGAAAAAGCAAACGAACUGAUCCAUUUUGCUUUAGAUAAGCCAAACAGAAGCAUUAAUGUCAAUCGAUUAAAUUAUAAAAGGUGUUACGAAAAGGAAACUAAUUAAACGUAAAAUGAUUCAAUUCAAAGUUUCUGCGCCAGGAAAAGUUAUUCUUUAUGGAGAACAUGCUGUAGUGUAUGGGAAAACUGCUGUUGCAGCUAGUUUAGGUUUACGUACGAUUAUAGAUUUCAUUGAAUUGCCGGAAAUAGAAGAAAUUAUUAAGAUAUGUUUUCCGAAAGUAAAUUUAUUUGUAAACGUACCUUUACAACAAAUACAGAAUUUUUUCUUUAUCGACAGAAAUUCCGAGUGCAUAGAGAAUCACGAAAUGUUUUAUAAUCGAAUAAAAGAGUUUGUCAGUAAUAUUGGUUAUAGCAAUUUGCAACAAAAGUUUAGUUUAGAAGUGUUCUUUUAUCUUCUUAUUUAUACCAUAAAGAGAGACAAAAUUAACGUAAAACCUUUUCAAAUUCACUUAAAUACUGAAAUGGCAAUUAGCUCUGGGCUUGGUAGUUCUGCUUCGUUUGCAGUUAGCCUUGCUGCGUGUUUCUUACAUUGGUCGCACUUGCAAAAAAAUAUUUGUAAAAUGUUUGAUAUUUCUGAUUUAGAAAUUAUAUCAAAAUAUGCUUUAAAUUGUGAAAGAAUUGUGCAUGGCACUCCAUCGGGAAUAGAUAAUUCUGUCUGCACGUACGGAUCGAUAAUAGAAUUUAAGAAAGGCGAUUACAUAAAACGAAUAACAGACAGUACGCAAACUAUGAAAAUUUUAUUGGUAGAUACAAGAGUUAGUAGAAGUACGAAAGCAUUGAUAGAAAAAUUAGCAGAACUGAAGCACAAGUAUCCUGCUAUUAUCGAUCUGAUUAUGGAUUCAAUUGAUAAUAUAUCAAAAGAAGCAAUUAAAAUUAUUAAAAAAAUUAAUAAUCUUUCAAACUCUGAUAACGAAUCUCUCUUCGAAGGUUACAAAGAACUAAUGACACUUAUUAACAUGAAUCAAGGAUUGUUAGCCACGUGUCAUGUUUCGCAUCCGUCUUUAGACAGGAUUUGCGCGGAAGCACAAAAUUAUGCUUUAGCAGCGAAGCUUACAGGUGCCGGUGGUGGUGGAUAUGCAUAUAUUUUAUUAUUACCAGAUACCCAGCCAGAAACUAUUUCAAGUAUUUCGCGGAAGUUAAUAGCAGAUGGUUUUAAUGUUACAUUAACAACCUUGGGAGGUGCCGGUGUACAAAUUUACAAAUAAUAUAUUAAAAAUUUCUGUACAUGGCAUAAAUGAAUUUAUUUAUUUUUUCAAUGUAUUUCAGUACAAUUAACA